AUGACGUUGGCGGCUUACGUACAGUACGUAAAGCGUUGCACAACUCUAUCCGGCGACGUCAUCUGCGUCCCGCACGUUGACAUUGGGCUCGUACCCUGCGAGAGGAAGCGGACAGACCAGGCAGGAUGGGCGCCUCCGUGUCCACACCGACUGCUCCCACGGUCAAAGCAGAGGCCAUGAUGGCCGCCCCCCCACCGGGCUGCCCCAUGCACCAAGAAGUACAGCCUGUCAAAGUGUCUCCACCUUCAGAGUGUCCCAUGCAUCAAGCUCAACCACCCAAAGCGUCUCCUGCAGCGUCUCCUGCAGCGUCUCCUCCGUCGGAGUGUCCGAUGCACAAAGCAGAACCAGGCCCGGCCCACCAGGAGCGAGCGUACGAGUUCGUGGAGUGUCCCAUGAAAGCGGCGGCGGCCGGCGUCAACAGCGACAUCGAUCCGGCCAAUAUGAUGCCUCCUCCCAACCAGAGCCCGGCCCCGGACCAGCCCUUCCCGCUGUCCGUCCGCAGGGAGGAGUCCACCAUCCCCCGUCACGGUGCAGAGAAGAACUGGGUUUACCCCUCGGAGCAGAUGUUCUGGAACGCCAUGCUGAGAAAAGGGUGGCGCUGGCGCGACGACGACCUCGCUCCUCACGACAUGACCAACAUCAUCAACAUCCACAACAAGAACAACGAGCAGGCCUGGCACGAGAUCCUGAAGUGGGAAGCCAUGCACGCGGGUGAAUGUCCAUGUGGGCCCACGCUCAAGAGGUUUGGUGGGAAGGCUAAGGAGUACUCGCCCAGGGCACGCUUCCGCCACUGGAUGGGGUACGAGCUGCCGUUCGACCGCCACGACUGGAUCGUGGACCGCUGUGGGAAGGAGGUGCGCUACGUCAUCGACUACUACGACGGCGAGAUCGAUAAAGACAGCUACCAGUUCUCCAUCCUGGACGUGCGCCCCGCCUUCGACUCGGUCGGCGCCGUGUGGGACCGCAUGAAGGUGGCCUGGUGGCGCUGGACCUCGUAAAAAGGACGGAGCAGCCGUCGCCUCAUCGGAUAGAAACAAGCGCAAAGAAAACAACUCUCAUUCUUAAGUCUGAAAUCUGCUCACGAGACAAAAAACUAAACUAAACAAAACCACAGGUUUGACUUCACAUAUAAAUACGGAGACAAAAGACGUCUUUCCUUCCUUAAAUGAAUGUGUGAUAUCUUCUCUGUCUUUGGAGAGUUUCACGUAGAAAGUGAUCAAGACCAAAUAAAGAGGCUGGAAGUUCUGUUAGCAGAAGGCAAACGGGUACAUUUAUUAUUCAUCCACCUGUCACGCUAACACGAGCUAUUAGCUUAGCAUUAGCUAACAGAGCUCCGCAGCUCUGAAUCAGCUGUGAUCUGCAUCAGUUGGGAUGAGUCUGACAUUUCUAAAAAACCUCGGUGGAAAAGCUGUUGAACCCUGGAAACGUCCUUUUUUAUCGGACAGUUACUUCACAUACUGUCAAGGUUUAUUAUUUCCUCAUUAGAUCUUUUUUCUUCUUCUUCCAAUCCAUUUCGGUUUCGCUGAUAUCCAUAUUUUUAUUUAUUGUUUGAUGAAUGACUGUACAUUUUAUUUCUUCCUGUGUCUGAAAACUUAUUUUGGUGAUUUUAAAGUUGAAAUAAAGCUGCUCCUCCUCUG